AUGCGCAGCUCGUGGGCUGAUGCAGUUGAAGGCUCCGGCUCUGGCUCGGGGCCCGGUUCUUCGGGCAACACCAAUGUACCCGUCGGCUCCAGUCCUCAGCCUUCUUCGGCAAACAACAGCGCUCACGGUGGGUCCGCACCCCCGCGCGCCGUUAAAUCAUCCUACGUCCCUCCCCAUCUGCGCGGCCGUCCUCCGCCUUCCGAUGGUCAAGGUGCCCCUCCAUCUACUGCCGAUACAUUUCCGGGGCCCCCAAGGCAGACUGGAUAUGGUGCCCCUCCUGUGGGGGGCCGCAUGGGUGGUGGCCUCAGUAGGGACAUGGACCGCAUGUCCCUUGGCGGACGCGGCGGUGGAGGUGGAGGUGGAGGGUGGAACACAAGAUCAGGUGGGUGGGACCGUGGUAGGGAGAGAGAGGUCAACCCCUUUGCAAAUGAAGAGGAAACUGUAGAGCCCGCGUUUGAUGGUGAGAACACCGGUAUAAAUUUCGAUGCAUACGAGGACAUUCCUGUCGAGACAAGUGGCACGGAUGUGCCCCCCCCUGUGAACACUUUUGCAGAGAUUGAUUUGGGCGAUGCACUGAAUGAAAAUAUAAGGAGAUGCAAGUAUGUCAGGCCAACACCAGUUCAACGUCAUGCAAUCCCGAUUUCUCUAGGUGGUCGAGACCUGAUGGCUUGUGCUCAGACGGGAUCAGGCAAGACUGCAGCUUUCUGUUUCCCUAUAAUAUCUGGAAUAAUGAAGGGGCCUCCUUCACAACGGGCAAGAGGCAUGCGGACUGUCUACCCACAGGCUCUUAUAUUGUCCCCUACACGGGAACUUUCAGUCCAGGUAGGUUGGUUUUAUGAACCCCCCCUCGGUCCAUCUUGUAGUUUUUUGUUUAUUUUUUCAUUUGAUAUAUGCAUCUGUAUUGAUUCAGAUACAUGAGGAGGCGAGGAAAUUCGCUUACCAAACAGGUGUGAGGGUUGUGGUAGCGUACGGAGGAGCGCCAAUUAAUCAACAGGUAUUUUUCUGUCCCAUUUAUUAUGCCUAUGUAUACUAGAUGAUUCGUAUGAUUGUUCGUUGAUCAGUUAAAGCUGAUGUUUGUGGUAAGGUGUCAUUAUCUUUUAUUAAUUUUCGGGCUGCUAGCUGUUUGCUUUCUAUUUUAAAGACUGGAUGCGUAUUCCGAGCCUGAUUAUUUUCCUUAGCUCUUUUAUCGUUAUAUUAUUCAUAUACCAUUUGGUCACAUUAAUUUUGUUCAGAUAUUAAUAGCUAUGAAGAAGUGUUUUCAUUUAGCUUUGGUCAUAUAGCGUAGAAAAUUGAUAUUCUCCAUGAGAUUUCAGUACCUGAUGCAUCCUUGAAUAACGACUUUGAUUUAUUGUAAUAGUCCUUUCAAUUGCCCGGUCAUCGAGUGUCAGCAUCUUUUUGAACUGUUAGUUGGUCAGAUUUUAUCUGAAAGGAGAUAGUGCUUCAUUGAAAAUCACCAGCCUCUUGAUAUCUUCUGAACUGCUUCACCGCUCUUUUUGUCCAUGAAUGAAAUAUAUGCCUUUCUUCGGUCCCUCCUAUUAUAUAUAUAUUUUUUUUGCUUCGAGGUUUUAAUAGUAUGGCUAAAAAAUAGACGGCUCAAUUGCAAACUGACAUUUUAGGCAAAGGUCCAUCUUUCACUUGCUAAAUAGAUUUUCGCUUUUUGUCCUUUGUUUAAAAUUGGUGAUUAUCCUUUUCCAGUUUUCUGUUCUAAUUAGCGAUCGACUCAAGGAAAUCCGGAUGCAAUGGGAAUAUCGGAGAACUUACAUAUUUGAAUUUGUUCCAAAUCAGUUCUACAAUCAAAAUGCGAAUUCCUACUAUUUAAGUACGAGUGUCGUUUGACUUUUUUUCACCCUGUUUUUUGACACUAUUGUCAUUACUUCUGGCAGUUGCGUGAACUAGAGAGGGGUGUUGACAUUCUUGUGGCGACUCCUGGCCGUUUGGUAGAUUUGUUGGAGAGGGCUAGAGUUUCGCUGCAGAUGAUCAAGUAUCUUUGUCUUGAUGAGGCGGAUAGAAUGCUGGAUAUGGGUUUCGAACCCCAAAUUCGGAAGAUUGUUGAGCAAAUGGACAUGCCUCAGCGAGGCAUGCGGCAAACAAUGUUGUUCAGUGCCACCUUUCCGAAAGAGAUACAGGUUUUGUAGUUGUCUCCUGUUUUUCUUGAAUCUACGCGUGAGCUCAUAGUUCUUUCAUUUCUAGGUCACCUUUUUUAAAGUCAUUAUCCUUAUUGUGCUCUGUGAAUUGAAGUAAUGAAGUUUCAAGAGUUGAGUACAUUGCUUCAUUGUAUGCUCCUAUAGCGAAGCUGAUUAAACUAGCUGAAUUUUGUGUUAUUUCUUAAUCUUUGUGCUAUCUGGCCAGGCAUGUGUAUGCUACCUUUUUCAUUAUGCUGACGUUUCUUGGCAUCAUGGAGAAAGAUUUGAAUGCAUCUUGUCUUCAAGAAAGCUUUGUGCACUAAUCAUAAACUUUCUCUUGGUUAUUGGCAUCCUGGAAUCAUGAUAUAAUUUAUUGUCUUACUGUUAGCUUCUAUUCUAUUACCCAUGGUGUUUGGCAACAGUCAACUUUAUUUACCAAUUAUAUGUUUAGUUCCCAUAUAUAAUUCGGGUCUUUUAGUGGAUUCAUUCUCACUGUUCGAAUCCGCUUUUCAAUUGUCUUAUUGUACAAGCCUGUUCCGUUGUAUGAUGCAAGGCUACGGCGGUUUCAUCUUUAAUAUGUUUUUAGUCAGACAGCAUACUGAGGUGGCUUUUGGCUGUUCUGCAACCAGUCUCUGCGAAACCCACCUGACACAUCUUAUUUCUUGCAGCAACUAGCCUCCUAACUUUGCUCAACUGAUUGCUCCAUUUUCUGUCAAGACUUCAUGUCACUCUUCUGCGACUCGUCCAUUCAGUCACUUCUUGCGAAAGUUAGAAAAACCUAAUAUAUGUUCAUCAUUAGAGGAAACAAAUUUAUUUCUCAAAGUUGCCGAAGCACUUGUAUGUUUGUGAUCAAAUUUCACAUUCCUGGUCAUUUUUUCGGGUGAACAUGGGUUGUGUGGUUUUAGUGUGCUAUCACUCUGGAAUGCUUUUUUAUUUUCGGGUACAAAAUGCUAUUCUAAUGAUCAAGAUAUCUUCAUUUCAGUUCUUUUCUCUAUAUAGUUGUGGUAGGUUCUAUGUUUAGAGCGUUUUAGGAAGGGUCAAUUGUACUUUGUAUCAUGUGGCUAAAAUCCACCUUUGCCAAGUUCGUAGAAGUUCCCUAAUCCCAUGGGCUACUUUUUGCACAUUGCUUGAUGUGAUUGGCACCUCAUCUCUGAAUUUGCGGCCCUUUGGUACUAAGAUUGUCCUGACAAACAAAGCGAUUUUCGAUGUCACUCUCUCUGAGGUUUUUCCUUUCCCCAUUUUACGGCCAUAUUGUAGAGCAAGGAACGAAGAUUGCCUUUAAGGCCACAAAUCUUUCUUUAAAUGGGUAGUCUACAUUCUUCUGUUAGGUUCCUGAUCUCUUGGUUCAUUUCAGUCAGCUUGACAUCCUGCAGUUGUAUCUAGAGAUUCUAUUAGCCGGUUUACUUCUUCCCAAUGAUUUCUAAAAUUGUGAGACGAUAUGAUUGGGAAUUGUUUCUUUUUAUUUUUCUCGCAGUCUUUAUUUUGGCAGCAUCCAGUGAAAAUAAAUAUCUAAUUGUGGUAUGUUUCCAUCCUAAUUCUUUGUCCGACCUCACACUACUUGCCGGUUUGCUAUUUUCUCGCAUCUGAAACCUUACCUUUUGUUCCUACUCAUGUCUGACCCAUGUAUGUCUUCCUAGCUAAGAGUUGUUAUUAAGGGGAAUGGCUUCCUGAGUUGCUUUUCAGCUUUGUGCAGAGGCUGGCAUCUGAUUUCCUCUCGAACUACAUUUUUCUGGCUGUUGGGAGGGUUGGCUCCAGUACCGAUCUGAUUGUGCAAAGGGUUGAAUAUGUUCAUGAAUCAGACAAAAGGAGCCACCUUAUGGAUCUUCUCCACGCCCAAAGAGCGAAUGGUUCUCAUGGAAAGGUUAGUCUUUUCACUCCUGACUUUUGCAUAUCAGUAGUCCGGGGGGCGGAGCCCUCUGGUACAUUAGACUAAUGACAUUCAAGAGCAUCGGUUUUUUCAUCUGCUUGGACUUAUUCUUUUGUUUUCAAUGAUGCAGCAAUCUUUGACUUUGGUUUUUGUGGAAACAAAGAAAGGAGCCGACUCACUGGAAUAUUGGUUAUGUUCAAAUGGUUUCCCUGCUACGUCUAUUCAUGGGGAUAGAUCUCAACAGGUGACUACAUCUGAACUCUGAUAGUUGCUACUUCUUUUGUCCCUUCGGUUGUUAUGUAUGGGCUUGUCUGUGAGAACUCCCAAGUGCUGGGCAACCUGAGGACGCAGCUACAUUGCUAGCUUGGAUCUUCUUCAUCCCAUAUAUUUUCUUCUCUGCUUGGCAUCCCCCUAUUUCAAACCACCCACACCCAUGCAGAUGUUCACAUUCAUGCAUCUUCGUACACUUUGAACCACAAGAAUGCGGCAUGCUACUUUGUGCUGUGUUCAUGUUAUUUCGUAGACAUGCUACAGAAGCUAUGGAUCGUAUUAAAUGUCUCUAUUUCUUCGCUGUGUUCACAUUGUUCCUCAGAAAUGAUCCACCGGUAUCCAGGCACCUCCUUCUUCGUCUUUUUUGUUUCUUUGUUGAAAGAUGGUAAUAUUUUAAUAUCUAUCCCCGAUGCUAUCUUAAUCUUAUCAACUAAUCUUUUCAUGCAAUUUCCUAGGCGUUUACACUUCAUCUGUCUGUGUUUUUCUUAUUUUAUUUAUAUAUUGUCGCAAAAAAAAAUUCCCCAUUCGUGCUUUUUACCAUUAUCUUUUUAUUUUAAUUUUUGUUACACAGCUGUUGGCAAACAGCUCUAUUUUUUAUGAACUGGCAUGCUCUAAAAUGACAUCUUCCCAAAUGAUUAGUCAACUCCCGUGGUCUGUGUGCGGCCACUACUUCAUUGUUGUUCAUGACUUUUUGAGCAGCCAACAAAUUUUUCUCUGCAAUUUUUUUUUUUUGUGAAGCUGACUUUUCUGCAUUUUUCUUAAAAUUCCGGUUAGUUGAUCCAUUCAUUUUUUUUCCAUUUAUGUUAGUGAUGGUGAGAUUUUUGCUGCAAGAACACAUUCUGUCUCUGUUUUCUCAAGAUCCUCCUUUUUUUUUCCCUCCACCACAGGAAAGAGAGCAGGCUUUGAGAUCGUUUAAGAGUGGGUUGACCCCCAUUCUAGUGGCCACCGACGUAGCGGCGAGAGGGCUGGACAUUCCCCACGUGUCUCAUGUGGUCAAUUUUGAUCUCCCCAAUGACAUCGACGACUAUGUCCACAGGAUCGGAAGGACAGGGAGGGCCGGGAAGAGCGGCCUGGCCACUGCCUUCUUCAACGAGAACAACGUCUCGAUGGCGAGAUCACUUUCAGACCUCAUGGAGGAGUCAAACCAGGAAGUUCCUCAGUGGCUGGGUCGCUAUGCUGCUAGAUCCUCCUUCGGCGGCGGCGGCGGCAGGAACCGCCGCUCUGGCGCAGGCCGCUUUGGCGGCAGAGACUUCCGUAGAGACCACCAUUCAGGCAAGGGAGGCGGAGGAGGUGACUAUUAUGGCGGCGGCGGUGGCGGUUUUGGGGGCGGCUACGGCGGCGGUGGCGGCGGUGGCGGCGGUUACUCUUCCUACUCUGGCGGCGGCGGCGGCGGUGGCGGCGGCUCCAGCGCCUGGGACUGA